UUUGACCUCGUAUUUUUCCGAGUUUCCAGUUGUUUUGAACGCGGCAUUUUAUCAGAGUGAAAGUUGAUAGUCAACACACUGCAACUGCAGAACUACAAGGAAAUAGAUCGAUUGUUGCGAAAUAUUUUGCCAUAGAAUAACAUAUACAAGGAUAGAAAAAGCCUCAACGAUAAUAAAAUGAGCCGUCUGCAAGAUGAAUUUGAGCUGGAGAAAAGUGUCAGGCGGUUCAGGGAGACAUUCCAUGGAAAGAUAGCAGUGGAAAAGGCAACCUUACUGAUGAGACGCUAUGCCAACAACCAUCACAUGGUCACCUGGGCAGUUAUACUGAAGAAAGGCAACGAGCUGGAUGAUGAGGACAGAACAUGCUUACAGACGGAUCAGGCUGUCAAGAACGUGGUGCAGAGACUCACAGCUGAGGAGAGGGAACCUCAGGUCCCUCCUGCACAACAGCCCCGAGGUAGCAGACACCCUGAAGACGAUAAUGAUAUUAAGGAGCUGGGAGAGCGUCUGCGGGUCCUGCCUCUCACUGAGAAGAACAAGCGAAUGUUUGAUAAUGCCCAGCGCCACCUCACCCCCUCUGUCCUGCACCAGUUUGCCUGCCAGACCUGUGACAAGGACUGGUGGCGUCGGGUACCCCAGAGGAAGAGGGUAUCUCGCUGUCACCUGUGCAAGAAGAAAUAUGACCCUGUCCCUUAUGACAAAAUGUGGGGUAUUGGAGAGUUCUGCUGCACCAAAUGCAGACGCUCCUUCAGGGGCUUUGGGAGGAUGGAUUUGGGCUCCCCCUGCUACUCCUGCCGAACUCUGGUGACCCCAACAGAGAUUCUUCCUCCACGCAAGGGAGUGGUAGGAAUAGUAGGACCCAGGAAACCUAUCCCACACAGCUGCCUCGCUGAGGACUGUUACAACAGACAAGAGCCCCAUGUUCCUGGGACAGAGUGUGUCCACCCCCGCAGUCGCCAGAGGAACAGGAAGCCUCGCGUGGUGAACCCCAGCUCCAUCCACAUCAGCUCCGGCUCCACCGUCAACACCUGCCUGAGCCAAGGAAGCCUGGAGAACCUGUACGACCUCAUCAUGGAUGACAUCAGAGAGGAGAGUGAGGAAGACAACAGUAGUGGCAGCAGCAGCAGCUAGAGCACCACUGAUGUGACCAGUGACCAACACAGUCGUGAGCAGCUUCCCUGCUUCCCCAAUGGUGCUUCCAACGAUCAGGAUUUUCUUAGGUUCACGUUCAGUGUAAGGAUGGCAUCUCAUAAGCCUACUGAUAUAGUAUUGGUUUUACUUUCCUUUCAUUUUAAAAACCAUGAAAAGACAGAUGGUAUAAGUGAGAUGAUAUAACUUGUUUCAUGUUUUGCUUUUGGCUUUGUUUAUGCUUACUGAAGUGUUGCCACGUGUUGUUGCCGCUGUUGCUGCUUUGUUAAUGUCUGAAUGAAAAGGGGAGAUUGACCGCA